UCUCUACCGGCUAUUUAAAGGUCUGAGCCGGGGCCAGCUUGGCGUGGUGCUGUUUGGGGGUCUGCGGAGCUCAGCAGUCAUGGCCAGCCACCUCGUGCUCUACAAUGGCGCCAAGAUGCCCAUCGUGGGGUUGGGCACCUGGAAGUCCUCUCCGGGCAGAGUGACAGAGGCUGUGAAGGUUGCGAUUGACCUCGGGUACCGCCACAUCGACUGUGCUCACGUGUACCAGAACGAGAACGAGGUGGGGCUGGCCAUCCAGGAGAAGCUCAAGGCGCAGGUGGUGAAGCGGGAGGACCUCUUCAUCGUCAGCAAGCUGUGGUGCACACACCACGAGAAGAGCAUGGUCAAGGCGGCCUGCCAGAAGACGCUCAGUGACCUGAAGCUGGACUACCUGGACCUCUACCUAAUUCACUGGCCCACGGGCUUCAAGCCCGGGAAGGACUUUUUCCCUCUGGACACCGAAGGCAACGUGAUUCCCAGUGACACCAAUUUUGUGGACACGUGGGAGGCCAUGGAAGAGCUGGUGGACGCAGGGCUGGUGAAAUCCAUUGGAGUCUCCAACUUCAACCAUGUCCAAGUGGAGAAGAUCUUAAACAAACCUGGCUUGAAAUAUAAGCCGGCUGUGAACCAGAUCGAAUGCCACCCGUACCUGACACAGGAGAAGUUAAUCCAGUACUGCCAGUCCAAAGGCAUUGUGGUGACUGCCUACAGUCCCCUCGGCUCUCCCGACAGGCCCUGGGCCAAGCCAGAGGACCCUUCCCUGUUGGAGGAUCCCAGGAUCAAAGAGAUUGCAGCCAGACACAAUAAAACCACAGCCCAGAUUCUGAUCCGGUUCCCCAUGCAGAGGAAUCUGGUCGUGAUCCCCAAGUCUGUGACGCCUGAACGCAUCGCCGAGAACUUCCAGGUGUUUGACUUUGAGCUGAGCAGCGUGGAGAUGACCACCUUACUCAGCUUCAACCGGAACUGGAGAGUCUGUGCCUUAGUGAGCUGUGCCUCCCACAAGGACUAUCCCUUCACUGAGGAGUUUUGAAGCCAUUGGUGCCUGUCCUUCCCCGGGUGACCUGCUGCUUUGUCUUCACGUUUCCUGGAUGUAGCGUAGUGUGGCCUGUCCCCGUCGGUGGUGGGUCGGCGCCGUACCCUGUGGUGUUGGGUCCAGAGAGCAGUACCUGUAGAUUAGAAGUCUCUUCCAGUUCUCCUUGCCUUCUUCUCCAGCCGGGGAAAGCAGGACCUAAGUACCCUUUUCUGGCUAAGCUGAAUCUAUAAAGUCGAAUUAGUGCCACUAACAACCGGAUGUUGGCUGCUGGGAAGUGUAACCCUUUCAGCCAGACUCCUUGCCUCAAAUAAAAAGUACUUUUGUGAACUUGA